AUGGGACUGCUAGGUGCAUUUCAAUGGCUUCCAACAACAUGUGCAUCGCCUCCACCGCCUGGUAACCUCUGGCGGGUAUGGCCACCUAUCGACUACAGCGACAAGAUUUACGCAGGCUGGAACCAGAUUAAUGUGGAAACAGAAAUCCAAAUCUACAACGGUGUGGCUGAAAACCGUACCUAUGCUCAUCAUCCGGAACUGUUCGCGAUCGGCUCCAACGUCUUUCUCAUUUACUCCACUGCCCCUGUCGACGAAGAUAGUAUGGGUCAAGAUGUAUGGAUCUCGGCAUCCACCGAUAGUGGUUUGACUUGGAGUCCAGGAAAGAGUUUGAUGCCAGCCGCCCUUUUGCCCAACCAGACAGAGUUGCACAACUGGAAAUACUGGUGCGAUAGAGGCAUUGCCCAGCGUGCAUGGCAGGCGCUUUCCUUCGUGCAUCUACCCGAUGGCGAGCUUUACGCAAUCGGUCAAUCCGGAAGCAGGUGGUGUCCAGGAAGAUGGGCUACUGCGGGAAGGAUUGCACGGAAAAUCUCCCUGGAAGGAGAACCGCUCGAAAACCCUUGCUGGCUGGAAAAGAACGAGUUCACCGAGUCUGAGUUGUAUGCUGAGACAGUUUACGGUACGGAGUAUGGCAUGAAGAGCUGCGCUAGAGCCUGUGAAAUCAACACCGUUCUGAAAAAGCCAGACGAAGCUCCGGCUUGGUCACCGUGGCUGUACAACAACGGACUGUUUGCCGCAGACGGGACGCAUCAAAUGGAAGAACAGACCUUUGCCGUCUGGCAAAAUGACAGCGACUCACCAACUGGAGGGUACUGGCAGCGACACUGGCGCGACAUUUCCCCCGAAAGAGAGAAUACCCAUUCUGUCUGGGUGGAGUAUAAUGAGGAUCCAAGCGGAGAGGGUUGGUAUCCCAAGGUCAAAGAGCCUAUUGGAAACAAAAUUUACAAGACCAACAUCCCCGACGCCAAGACAAAGCAAUUCUUAGGCCAGCUUGAUGAUACCGGCGAUCGAAUCCUGCUGUCCAACCCGCGGUACAACGCUGCGGAUCCUCAGCGCCAGCCUCUCACGCUAGCAGUGUCACGCGGAACAGAUCAGACGUACAGGGCCAUUGGUGUGUUACGUACGAAUGCGACCAAGAAAAUCGUCCCAGACACUCGUGAUGGUAUCAAGAACCGGGCUUUUGGCUUCAGUUACCCUACUGCGGUGCAGCUCGGCGGGAAGUUGCUCGUAGCGUACAGCGAAAACAAAGAAAACAUCUGGGUCAGUGUCGUCGAUAUUGCUGCACUUCCGAAGGAGAGUGAUGUUUGCAGAUAG